AGCAGAGCGCAGCCACCGGUGUGCUGACAGGCGCGCAUGAGCCGCAACUCUCCUCGGUGCUGAUGUGCGGCUCCGGAGCACACUGCCCGCAUCCAUAGCCCAGAAGUGGAGCCCAGCGGCGGCCGGCGGCACUCAGGAAGAAUCCAACUUUUUCCAGGAACCUCCAUUGGGAACCACAUUGCGCUGGAUAAACUAAAAGAAAAAAGAAAAAAGCUUAGCGUCCAUCCUGGGGGAAUGACUACACGGAUAACGAUCUGGCUGGUCAACUAGUCAUUUAGCUGGGCGUUUUACCACCCAUCUCUGGAGAUUUACCCUUUUUAUUUGUGGCUUUUUUUUAUUAUUAUUACCUUUUCCCUUCUUUUCUCUUUUUUUUUUGGUGCUUUCAUGGGGAGAACGGAAUCAAGUUAAGCUCCUUGGCUGGAUUUUUUUUUAAACAUUUUUCGUUGCAGUUUUUUUUUUCCCGGACAUGUGUAAACAUAUUUGGAAAAUCCCUUCAGCCAAAGAGGAACCCUUGCUGAGCCGUUGGGAGGUGUUGUGUUGAUCGUUCCUCCGAGUGAUGCAGGUGGCAUGAAAAUCGUAGAAUGGAAAUUGUUUGGGAGGUGUUUUUUCUCCUUCAAGCAAAUUUCAUCGUUUGCAUGUCAGCACAACAGAAUUCACCAAAAAUCCAUGAAGGCUGGUGGGCUUAUAAAGAGGUUGUCCAGGGCAGUUUUGUUCCAGUGCCUUCUUUUUGGGGAUUGGUAAAUUCAGCCUGGAAUCUGUGUGCAGUUGGUAAGAGGCAGUCACCUGUCAACAUAGAAACCAGCCAUAUGAUAUUUGAUCCUUUCCUAACAUCGCUACGUAUAAACACAGGUGGACGGAAGGUGAGCGGAACAAUGUACAAUACAGGAAGACAUGUAUCUCUACGGCUGGACAAGGAGCAUCUAGUAAAUAUAUCUGGUGGACCACUAACAUACAGUCAUCGUUUAGAAGAAAUAAGAUUACAUUUUGGCAGCGAAGAUGGUCAAGGCUCAGAACACCUUUUAAAUGGGCAGGCGUUUUCUGGGGAGGUCCAGCUAAUACACUAUAAUCAUGAGCUGUACACAAAUGUAACAGAAGCAGCAAAAAGUCCAAAUGGUCUAGUGGUUAUAUCCAUAUUUAUAAAAGUAACAGACUCAUCCAAUCCCUUCCUUAAUCGAAUGCUUAACAGGGACACCAUCACAAGAAUAACAUAUAAAAAUGAUGCCUAUUUACUACAGGGGCUAAAUAUUGAAGAGCUUUAUCCAGAAACCGCUAGUUUCAUUACAUAUGAUGGGUCAAUGACUAUCCCGCCCUGUUAUGAAACAGCGAGUUGGAUCAUUAUGAACAAACCCAUCUACAUUACUAGAAUGCAGAUGCAUUCAUUAAGACUACUAAGCCAAAAUCAGCCAUCCCAGAUAUUUUCAAGCAUGAGUGAUAACUUCAGACCAGUCCAACCCUUGAACAACCGCUGCAUCAGAACUAAUAUUAAUUUCAGUUUACAAGGGAAAGACUGUCCAAACAACAGGGCACAGAAACUACAAUAUAAAGUGAAUGAAUGGCUUCUCAAGUAAAGGAAGAGUCGAGGUCCUGAGGAUUGCCAGUGGAAAGCCUGUCACCCAGGAUAGACUUAACUUGCUCCAGGCCCCAUUCACUUUCUUGGACAUAUAUACUUCAUUCACUGUAUCAAUCAUGUGUGAAAGUAUGGCAGCAAAAAAAAAAAAGAAAAAAAAAAGAAAAAAGAAAAAAGUUAGAAAACAAGAACAGUAUAACAAACGUUCAAAAACGACCACAGAACCUGUCUCGAAAUAUGAGACGAUUCUAAUGCAGUUUUCUGUGAAUUUACAGCUACACGGGGAAGACUCGUUGGCCUUUGUACAUAUCUAUACGGCUUUCUUUCUAUAAAGUUGCUUUGAAGACUUUCAGAGUAGAUCCAUAACCUCAUUCCACGACUAUUGGGAGUCCCUUCGUACUGCUUUAUCAUUCACGCCUGUUGGAAUAUCCAAGUGAAGAACAUGAAAGAAAAAAUGAAAAAAUUCAAGGCUGCUGUUUUUCUGUUAACUCCAUAAUGAACCAAGAUGUCGAGCGGUAUAUGUAUAAUAUAUAAAAAAAAUAUAUUAUUAAAGAGUAUAAACACGUGAAAUUAAUUAUUUCUUCUCCAGUAGAUCCCGAAAGACAAAGAGAUUUUGUUAUUCUGCUGAAAGUUCCAUCCGUUCUGUUUAUCCUGUGUUACAGCAUCUUUUUAUUAUUAUUAUUUUAUGCUACCUUUUAGACAUUUUUUUUAAAUAUAUUUAUGGCUGUCUCCUUCUCCUGUUCACCCGUGUUUCCGAACUUCAUAUCU